AUGUCUACACGUUUUCCCCCUACGCCCGCCAUGUCUGGCGAAUUCAUCAUCAAGGAUCAGCCCGCCGAUGCCACAGACGCCUUCGCUCUACCCCCAGCCGCCAUGGGUUCCUCCAAAGUUGAUGAUUCCUAUAGUCGACGGUCAUCUCGUUCAGAUCCUACAUACGUCCCGGCUUCACCAACUUCCCCUGAUCUCGUGGCUCGCAGAUCAUCAACACAACAGGCUCGGUCCGGCAACGCUACCAAGCGCUCGCUAGAAGACUUUGAGCUGCCACCACCUCCUACUCGAACACGCAAGAUCAUUCAGAUGAAACCAAAGCCCCAAACAACCAAGUCUCCUUCAAAGUCCAAAGAGAGCGGGAAAGCAGCCCAGCCAUCACCCGAACAGACCAAGGAUACUACCACCUCCAAAAAGAAGCAACCCAGUGCUACAAGUGCCGCGGGACGUAAGAUCGCCCGAAAGACAGCCCACAGUUUGAUCGAGCGCCGUCGACGAUCCAAGAUGAACGAGGAGUUUGGUACUUUGAAGGAUAUGAUUCCUGCCUGCACAGGGCAAGAGAUGCACAAACUUGCAAUUCUCCAGGCGAGCAUUGACUAUGUGAACUACUUGGAACGAUGCAUUCGAGACCUUAAAACAGCCGGCGCUACCCAUACCACCUCCCCACCUUCACCCACAUCCCCAGAGUUCCACAUGGAAGGAGCAGAGUCCACUCAACAUCCCCCUCAACGCCCGCCAUCUUCAAUGUAUUCAUACUCUGCUUCUGAAUCACCGGAGAUUAUGCCUGGCAGCGCGAUGAUGUCUGAUACAUCUCCCUCCUUCUCUCCCCGUACCCGCAUGCCCUCAAUCCACACAUUGCCCGAUAUUUCAUCCGUUCUGCCUAGUCCAGCACUGGGUCCCAUCAACCCAGCUAUGGACAAGAUGCACGAGCUUCAAGGAAUCGAUCAUGAGGCUUCCGCUGCUUUGCUUAUGCUCACGCAAGACAGAAGAGGUACAGCGGACUCUAUCAACGAGCACUUUGCUAGCAGUACAUCUCUCUCUGCUCCCUCUCAGCAAAGCAGGGGAGUCGAUGUGCAACGGAGAAAGGGCAUGAGCGUGCGCGACCUUCUCAUUUCCUAA